AUGGAUCAGUACAAUAACGUCUUCGAUAUGCAUUUUGAUGCAUCCGUCGACUUGUCAUUCUCUGAGUUGCAUCAAAAGCCAUUCGACACCAGCAUGUUCGAUCAGUACUACCCUGUUCCAAGCAACCAUCAAGAAAUGGUUUACUUUGAUAUGUGGGAAAUGCCUUCUCAGCUGCUUUCAGAUUACAAUCAAUCUCAUCCACAACAAUCACAACUACAACCUGCACCUCCACCACCUGCUCAACAACAACAACAACAACAACCUACACCUCCAUUUUCACCUGCAGAGUUGACUUUAUCUCCUAUGAGCUCACAUGAAUCUUGUAACAACACCAUGUCACCACCAAUGAUGCAACACGAUAUGGAGCAAUUGUUGCUUGCUAUUGCACCUCAACCCGCUUCCAACGUUCCUCCAACAUCAUCAUCAUCUUCUUCUUCUUCUUCUGUUUCAGCUACUACUACAACAACACAAUCAUCACCGCCACCUGCAGAGGUGCCAUCAAUAAUGGAAGCCGCCAAUGAAGAGAAACAACCAACAAUCAAGGAAGAAAUGACCUUAAAAGUGAUAAAGGAAAAGCGCAGCAAGAGCAAAAAGAAGAACGGUACCACUCGCAGCACGCGGCGUCGGACCGUGCACGAUUUACCAUACGCACCUAAUCUACUCAAUUUGAAUCUUGCACCAACAAAGCGGAUAAGGGCGUCAUCAUCAAAUAGCAAUAACAGCACACGACAUCAUUCUUCAUCGUCUCAGCAACCACGUUCAGCAACCCCGUUCCGUUGUGAUUUCCCGGGAUGCGACAAGACCUUUACCCGCCCCUACAACUUGAAAUCACAUCGACGCACUCAUACACUUGAGCGACCUUUUGCUUGUGAUCUUUGUCCCAAACGUUUCGCGCGACAACACGAUCGAAAUCGUCACACAAAGCUGCAUUAUGGCAUCAAGCCAUACGUAUGCCACAUUUGCAACAAGGCCUUUGCACGCCAAGACGCAUUAAAUCGACAUCAACGUCCUGAUGAUAAUGAUAGCAAUACCAUUACUUGUGCCAGUGCUGGUCAUCGCUCUCGUGGUAGUGCCAAAAGGAGCUCAAGAAAGAAAUUGUAA